AUGUUUUAGUUUACAAUCCUGGAAAUAAUAUUGUACUUAGUUCUCCUCCUGGUAUUGCUAAUUUUGAAACCUUUAUUCCUAAUGUUGAUAAUGAAGAUUAAGUAUGGAAAGAAAAUGCAUUUGAUGUAUUUUCCUUUGUUGGGAAGAAUAAUCGAAUUUAGUAGAGGUAUCAAGAAACACAAUGAUUUACUACAUUUCGAAAAGAUGAUUCCGUAAUAGCAUCCUGGGGUUGAGAUUGUAGUGAGCAAUACAUUUUUGGGUUUGACGCAUGUAUUUUUUAAAACAGAGCAUAUUAAAUUCAUUCUCAAUAAUUAAGAUCUUUACAAAAAGACAUCAAAGGUAUUGUUUGGUGAAAAAAUGCUAUACAAAGGUUUGGCAUUCCAAGAUGGAGAAGAUUGGAGAUUAGCUAGAAAUGUGCUUGCAAAAUCUUUCGAAUUUGAAUAGCUAAGAGCAAGAAUACCAUUAAUAAAAAGAUUAUGUGAGGAGAAGUUUUCAAAAGUACCAGAAGAUGAACCUAUUGAUAUAAUAAACAUAUCCGGUAAUAUAGUUGGAGAAGUGAUUACUCAGUCCUUUUUUAGUCAGAGUUUCAAGGAUCUGAAUGGGAAGACAUUCUUAUCUGAAUUGGUUGAUGUGAUGGUGGGCAUCAUCUCACAGUACAGAGAAGCUCCGAUUAGAAGUAUGUCAAGAACUUUCAUUUUUGGGACAAAGGAUUAUCCAAAUUGGACCAUUUCAAAGGUUGAAUAGAGACUUCUAGCAAGACUUCAAAAGGUCAAGGACAUAUUGAGUGAUUCAAUAAAGGAAAGAUAAUCGAUGGAAAAUAAGCCAGCAGACUUUUUAACAGCCUAUAUUAAUACCAUAUGUAUAAAAUGA